CUGUUAUUUAAUUGUGUUUCUUUUAAAUAUAAACGAAUGUGCUCUUGUUUUACGUCUGUGUGACUGAAACAACACGCUUUCAACAUGGCGGCGCCCGCAAAGAGCACGGAUGCUUCAAUAUCAGUUACUACGGGUCAAUCGGCAACUGUAUCAGUUGCGGAAAAUGUUCCACUACAGUAUAGUCUUAUUCUGGAUCACCUUAUUGGUGACAAAAGGCAAAUUAAAGACCUGAAUCCGACUGUUAUGGGUGCUUUACCGAGUCCUCAGAAAACCAAGGAGCAGAAGAUGAUCGAGAGUGGAAUGGAGAGCUGCGCGUUUAAAUCACUCAUAGCAUGUGUCGGAGGGUUUGUGUUGGGAGGUGCUUUCGGUGUCUUCACAGCCGGUAUUGACUCCAACGUCGGGAUUGAUCCCAAAGACCCUCUAAGGACCCCCACAGCAAGAGAGGUGCUGAGAGACAUGGGACAGAGAGGAAUGUCAUACGCUAAAAACUUUGCUAUUGUGGGUGCUAUGUUUUCAUGCACAGAGUGUCUGAUAGAAUCACAUCGUGGGAAAUCAGACUGGAAAAAUGCAGUGUACAGUGGCUGUAUUACAGGAGGCGCCAUUGGAUUCAGAGCCGGUCUUAAAGCUGGAGUUUUGGGUUGUGGAGGUUUUGCUGCUUUCUCUGCUGCCAUUGAAUACUACCUCAGAUGAACACCAGCUUCGGGACUGUUACCAUGUACUGUUGUGAGUUCCUCACAGUAUAAUGAAAGACAUUAUGACAGGGGACAAUUGUCUUCUGUCCGAGCAAUCAAGAGGCGUUCCAUCCCUUCAGAAGAAAUUCGGUUGCCUGAGUGGACCAAUAGGACAGUAAACUCAAGCAGAAGUUUUGUUUUUGUUCAGAGGGAUGUCUUCAUUGUUCUGUCUCAAACCAUCUGAUGAUGCUCAUGACCUAAAAACAUCCUAGGACAAUAGUUGUACAUAAUUGUACCUAAAAUGACAUGUCUGUGCUGGUUUAUGUACAGAAGCAAAAUUUGAUAUGUACAGUGGUAUACCUUGUCUGUGGAAAAAAUAAUAAAGAGUGGUAUUAAGUAUUUACUGAA